CAGCGCACGAUUCCUCAAAGCGAGUUUUCCCUGCAAAACUCUCGCCGCUGCGAGUUCCCAAAAAGCGAAGCGACCACCGCCCCCCUCGCCGGAGAUGCCGCCGGGGACCUCUCCGCCGUCGACGGAGGCGUGGACCUGGGAGAACGCCGUAGCCGGAGCGACCGCCGGCUUCGCCACCGUCGCGACCUUCCACCCGCUCGACGUCGUCCGCACCCGCUUCCAAGUGAGCGGCGGGAGAGGGUUGUCCGACUUGCCGCCGUACAGGAACACGGGACACGCUGUGUACACCAUCGCACGAUCUGAGGGCCUGAGGGGACUUUAUGCCGGCUUUUAUCCUGCAGUCCUGGGAUCAACCGUUUCUUGGGGGCUAUAUUUCUUUUUUUACAACAGAGCUAAACAAAGAUACUUACAGGAGAAGGAUGUUCAGCUCCGUCCAUUCGACCAUCUUGCCUCAGCUGCAGAAGCAGGUGCUUUGGUUUGCCUGUUUACAAAUCCCAUAUGGCUGGUGAAAACACGGAUGCAACUACAAACACCCGGGCAUACUUCGUCUUAUUCUGGAUUUUCGGAUGCUUUGAGAACUAUUCGGAAAGAGGAGGGAUGGCGAGCACUUUAUAGAGGGAUCGGGCCUGGACUUUUGCUGGUCACCCAUGGCGCGAUACAAUUCACUGCCUAUGAGGAACUUCGCAAGGCUAUGAUAUCUGCGAAAAGUAAACAAACAAGGGGAGAUGACAAAGGCAGCGAGGAUUUAUUGAACUCCGUUGAUUAUGCGGCACUUGGCGCUGGUUCAAAAUUAUCUGCUAUUCUGCUUACUUAUCCUUAUCAGGUUAUCCGAGCCCGCUUACAGCAACGACCUGGUAGUGAUGGUAUCCCAAAGUACUCAGAUAGUUGGCAUGUAGUGAAGGAAACUGCAAGGUACGAAGGUGUCCGGGGUUUUUACAGGGGCAUCACGUCCAACCUGUUGAAGAACCUUCCAGCGGCUUCUGUGACGUUUGUGGUGUAUGAAAAUGUCAUCAAACUAUUCAGAGCAACCAAGGAGAAGACGUAGUUCCAACUUGCAACUGAAGCCAGGAGAAACAUAGGAGGAAAUAGGGAAUAUACUACUGUUCCAUUCAAAUACAGAAUCUGUUCAUUCACCACACUAUCCGAGCUGAACGUGAUGUUCCAUCACAUUUCCCAGUUCAGCUCUUGUUCAUUUAACACAAACGGGAUUUAGUUUGGCAAACUUGUUUUUUGUAGAGAAAACUCAUUUUUCUUUUUCUUCACGAAGGAAUAGCUCAUUGAUUCAUGUUGUCCAGUUAAAUGCUUGUUGAAUAUAGUGCUGGUUCGCUCU